CAGCUCUCCAUCUCGCAAGCUCAACCAGCAUUCACAGUUUACAACAGUCCUCACCAUCUCUCACCAAACCGAAAGCAAAGAAACCCCGUAGUAGAAUCUUACGAGCCAAGCAAGCGACCGAGCUAAUGGCCAUGGCACCGUCAGCAUCCGCCGUCUCCUUCUCCCCCCGCCCAUCUACGGGAACGACUUUCGGGCCCCGCGCCGCUUCCGCCUCUAGCUCCGUGGGCGCCGGGCGGGUCCGCGCGGCGGGAGCCCCCGAGGGAGGCAAGUGGUGGGCGCCGCUGCUCGGCUGGUCCGGGCGGGCGGACUACAUCGAGGCCGCGGCACCGGCGCCGGCGAUGGCGGUGGUGGAGGAGGAGGAGGAGAAGGCGGGGAGGUCGUUCGUGGGCGGCCUGACGGAGGAGAAGGCGCGGCAGCUGCGGGCGCGGAUGGUGGAGACGGAGAGCUUCCACGACGCCAUGUACCACUCCGCCAUCGCCUCCCGCCUCGCCCGCUCCACCUAGGCCGCCAGCCAACUCGCCGACACAACCAGACAUGCUGCUGUGCCCGUGCGUGUACCUAGUUGUUCCCUCUUUCGAUCUGGGCAUCACCCAGUCCUUUCUGUGUUAGAGCUUAGAUGAGAGAAGUCGGAAAUGAGAUCUUGUUUUAGGGUUGAUCCAUUCCCUUCUUCUCCGGCCACCGCGACGCUCGUCGGUCUGCUUGUUUUAGAGGCGCAGAUGUUUCAAUAUGAUUCCCCGCAUGUCCCAGAUCUGUGGUACUUGUACUAGCAUUGUUUCUGUGUUAAAUCUGGAUCUGAACACUGAUUAAAUCUGUAUCUGAAAACCGAUUAAAUCUGGAUCUGAACAUUAUGGCGCUC